UUAAAGUUUGAUUUAGGAAUUUAAGUUUGAUAUAAUGGAAACAUUACCAUUGUCUGAAUAUCAAAAAAUAUGUAGAAUUUGUUUAAAAAAUGAUAUACUAGUCUCCGUUUACAGUCCGACAUUUUUAAUACGGCCAAUAGAGAUGUUGGAAAAAUUGCAAAUUCUAAAGUUGCCUUUAGACGACACUUUACCCGCCUUGCUAUGUCAAUCUUGUUUAUAUCGACUGUUGGAUGCCUAUAACUUGCAGCAAUUGGCAGAAGCUUCAGAGAGGCGCUUAAGGGAGUAUUUUGGCCUACCAACAUCAUCUACUAGUACAAGCAACCUAAAUUGCAACGAUGUGCAGCCGAAUCCAGACUUGAUAAAACCGGAUACAGAUUGUUCCUCCGUUUCCAUAUAUGCCAACAUCUGUGACAUGUUUGAUCGUCAUGAUGUGACAAAUGAUAUGGUUGAAGUAGUUGGAACUGAAGAUGUGGAGCUUUUAAAUGAUGUCGAAAUUGAUGUCAGCAGUCUGACAAGAUCUGAAGCCGGAGACACCUCAUUGAGCGAUGUGUUUAUGACCAAGACCAAAUUAUCAUUUGGUUCCCAAUUGUUGGCCAAAAAUUUAGAGUCCUUAAAAUUACAACAGCAUCAAGAUUUUCCAAUUGCGCCAUUUAGUCAUGUUAAAGCAGACAAAAAACUUAUAAAUGUUAAAAAAUCACGAAAAAAGUCUAAAAAUCUUUUGAAUAAAUCUUUAAAAACUUCUGACAAGUGUAUGGAAUGUGGCAAGGUUUUCCAUUACAAAGGUUAUUUGGAGAUACAUAAACGUGUUCAUACUGGAGAAAGGCCGUUUAAAUGUCUGAUAUGUUCUCGCGAUUUUAUUACAUCCAAUAAACUUUUAUUACAUCAACGUACACAUAACCGCAGCAACGACAACAGUAACAACUAUAUUAACAACUCAUUAACAAUAUCAUCGACGUCAUCGUCGACAGCCUUAUCAUUAAAUGCCAGUAAACGUUUUCAGUGUGAAAUUUGUUCGGCAUUUUUUACAACAUCAAGCAAUUUAAAAUCACACAAAUUCACACAUACCGAUCAAAGGGAAUAUCAAUGUAAACAUUGUCUAAUGGCAUUCAAAUCUCCAAGAGAUUUAAAACGUCACGAGCCGUCACAUAAAACAAUUAAAGAUAUUCAGUGUACGAGCUGUGAGAAAUCAUUUACGAAACGUGCAUCACUUAAUGCUCAUAUGAUUACAGUACAUCGUCGAAUACGUAAACAUAAAUGUACAGAUUGUGAUAAGAUUUUUGGCAAAAGAUCAAAUCUAAUUGAUCACAUGAGAAUUCACAGUGGAGAGAAACCAUUUGAAUGUCCAUCUUGUUCAUGGAAAUUUGCACAAUCUUCAGCGUUAAAGAGACAUAUGAAAAAGCAUGCGAAAAGCUCUCUAACUGGUCAAGAAGAAAAUUCUUGA